CUAGACCAGAAGAUAAAGGAUGUCCAACAAGUGUUUGUUGAAACUGGGAGCUUUAAGAAGGCUAAAGAAAAGCUAGACACGUUUGGUCACGUGACAAUAACUGGUUGUCCAGGGGAAGGUAAAACAUCCAUGGCCCUGAUGCUGGGAGCUGAAUGCAGGAAGCUUGGGUAUGAAGUGGAACUGGUUGAGGAUCUUGAUAAAGCACGGCUGACAGAUUAUCUCGAUAUUGGCAAAGACGUGUGUGUCAUAUUUGAUGACAUAUUUAGGACAGUCAGAUCGCAUAAGGAUCUGUCCGGAAUUAAGCACUUCUUGUACGACCUCCAUGUGUACCUAGGACAGACCGAUUCCAGGUCUGAAAGACGAUACCAGUGUCUGCAGCAAGAAUCAAGAGGAGAGCAGAGAAAGCUCUUUCAGCCUCACAUCUGUGUUAUUUUCACUGCAGAAGCCAGCAAUCUUAAGUAUGCAAAAUCGAAGCUGGGAGGGCAAAGGAUUUUCAUUAGAUCAUCAUAUGUCCAACUUUGUUACACACAAGAGGAGAAGAAAGAAUUGUGGCGGAUGUACACACGUCCUCGCGAGGAUAAUUUAGAUGAGAACAUCAUUACAUCUUAUGAAAACACAACUGUUGGUUUUCCUCUGGCAUGCAAACUUUUUUCAAGUUGUGUUGACUUUCAACAUGAAUAUGUUUUCGAUAAGCCUUUGUUCUUCAUCAUAAAACAGCUUCAAAAGAUUAUUGGCUCAUUAGAUGACAAGUCAGCUGCUCUCAUCUUGAUGGUACUGUGUGGAGGUCAGCUGAAUAUUGGUCAACUGGAGACCGAAGUAGUCACAGUAGACAGUCAACGGAAGCCUGAAGAUGUCACAGUAGACAGUCAACGGAAGCCUGCCAGGUCAGACAGUCUAGUGACGCUUGAAGGUAUCAGGUCAAAUGGUCAACUACAUACUGAUGGUGACAACCAAGACCUAGAGGUUCAUCUGCAGGCAGUCACAACCUUUGUGAAGACAUCAACCAGACAGGGUGUCGCUAAGGCUCUCUGGAACUUCUGUGGUACAUUUCUAACAGAGGGAAACAUGAUGACAUUUUCCCAUUCUUUGAUUUAUGAUGUCUGUGCUUCUGUGUUAUUUAGUAUUGAACCACAGUUUACUCUCAGACAUAUGAGUGUUAAAUUUCUCCUUGAGCAUAUCGAGGAUCAGCAUCCUGACAUUAUCCCUGUCAGCAUGCUCACCAUUCCUUUGUCUGAGGCCAACAGAGAAAUACUUGUUGACAGAAUGGCUGAUUCAUUUGCCAGAGGUGCUUUGACUGAAUACAUCUUGCAUCCCAUAUGGAGACAUGAGUUUAUAGCCAACAAAUUUAACACAAUGAUACAGCACCCAGAUCGUCUGUGUGAAGAUGUCAGGCAUCACAUUCUGUGUUACGCUUGUGCCACUGGGAACACAAAUAUCCUGGGGCAACUUGUACGUCACUGUGACAUUAACAGACGUUGUUUCAAUGGCUGGACACCGGUAAUGUAUGCAGUGGUCUCUGAACAGAUGGACUGUUUUGACAUCCUCGUGAAACAUAAGGCUCACAUCAGUUUGUGCGAUGACAACAACUACAACAUACUGCACUUGGCGUGUAUAUAUGGACAUGUACCCACAGUAAAACAUGUUAAAAUGGUACUCAGAAAGCCCAACGCUUAUUCCUAUACCAACCAGUUUCUAAACGUUCAAGCACGAAAAGACUGGACACCAAUAAUGUGCGCAGUGGUAUUUGGAACUGAGGGUGUGUCAGACUGUUUUAUAAAACCCAAGAAGAAAACUGAUAAAGUAAAAUCCAAGAUCGGUUUUGAACAGAAAAUCGAUUUCGGUUUGAGGGAUAGCAACAACAAUACCCUCCUCCAUCUUGCAUGUCGGUGUGGCAGUAAGACCACCGUAGAAAACCUGCUCCCCAAUAUUGAUAUAAAUGCCCGCGGCAACAAUGGACAAACUCCAAUACUGUCUGCUGUUUUGUCUGGGAGGAAGGAAGUGUUUGAUGUUCUCGUGUCAGAGAAAGCUGACAUCAUACUGACAGAUGAAGACAACAACAGUCUGCUUCAUGCGGCGUGCACCGUUCAUGAUAUGGCCAUGAUGAUGUAUUUGAAAACAAGGCUUGACAUUAACAUUCGGGGACAACAUGGCUGGACCCCAGCUAUGAAGGCAGCUGUGAAUGGAAAUAAGGAUAGAUUUGAACACCUCCUGGAUCCACAAAAGGCUAAUCUCCAAACGGAUGACAGGGGAAAUAAUAUUCUUCAUCUUGCAUGUCAUGGAGGAAAUGUCGCCAUUGUGAAACAAUUAUUGCAGACGUUUGAUAUGAACGGCCGGGGAAACAACGGAUGGACGCCAGUGAUGUUUGCAGCUGUGAAUGGAUUACAAAGUGUGUUUGACCUGAUUGUGUCAAAGGGAGCCGACAUACGACUUCGGGAUAACUCCAACAACUCCGUAUUACAUUUAACAUGUAUAGGCGGAAAUGUUUCCACAGUGAACUCUCUGCUGCCCCAAACUGAUAUCAACUGUCUGGGACACAAAGGAAGGACAGCAAUAAUGGUGACAGCUUUGCUCGCCCGACCAACGCUGUUUGAACUACUGUUGUUAAUGAAGGCCAAUAUCAGACUGGCUGAUGACAACAGAGACACUAUCUUACACCUUGCCUGUGAGGGUGGGAACUGUUCCAUUGUGAAAUAUCUCAUGCGGAAGUUUGACAUCAAUGCUUCUGGAAGACAUGGUAGGACACCAGUCAUGGCUGCAGCUUUGGCAGGAAUGAAAGAUGUGUUCAAUUUGCUUGUGAGUCAGAACGCUGAGCUCACUUUGACUGAUGACCACCGAGACAGUGUCCUACACCUGGCGUGUCAGGGAGGAAACACAGCUAUUGUAGAACAUCUUGUGACAUAUUGUGAGGCUAAUCUUAAAGGACAGAAAGGGGUUGUUGAUGAGCAUACACCGAGGGAAAGACCAGGUGAUACGAUAACAAUAGUUAAUGAGGUGACUGGUGGCUUUGACGUCGACGUCAGAGGCAAACAUGAUCAGACGCCACUGAUGAGGGCAGUUUGUGAAGGCCAUCUUGACGUGUACAAAUUCCUGGUGUCUCAUCAAGCCGAUCACACACUUGUGGACAAGGAUGGACAGACUCUUCUACAUCUUGCUAGCAGGUAUGGUCAGCUUCAUGUGAUUGAGUACAUCAUAGACUCUGUUGAUAUCAACAGCAGAGACAAGGCUGGUUUGACACCUGUCAUGACAUCAGUUACUUGUGACAAAGUUGCUGUGUUUAAAUAUCUCAGAGAAAAGGGCGCAGAUUUGUCACUGGUCGACAAUGCAGAGAAUGAUGUUUUGCAUCUCGCUUAUAAAAGAGAGAACAGGCAAAUGGUAGAACUACUGGAACCACCCCAAAAGAUAAAACGACUGUCUGGACUUAAGAAUACUUGUACUCGUACUCCUUCUCAUCCUAAGAAGAAAGGGCAAUGAAACUGAACAAACGCAGAUGUCACUAGUGGAGGAAUAAAGCCAGACUGUGAAAUCAGAUAUAAAUCGUGCUCACCUGUACAGACAGGCCGAUCAGGUGACACACUGCUUUAUCGAGCUUGUUAUGAAACAACAAAUACGUGGAAUGUCUACGUCCGCCCUGUCACAAUCUAUCUGGGGUCAAAUUGAUGGCAGCUGAGGACCUCAUGUUGUCUCUAGCUGCUGAUGCUGCAAAUCGUGUUCUCAUUCAGCGGGGAAUUAUUGAGUACUUUGUAAAACAAAAGAAAGUGAUGCUACCAAUAUGACCGUUAAAGGACAGUCAUGUUGACGGUGACAGUAUGUGAAGCUGACGGAGAGUAAAUGGAUGAAAGACCACAGUUGGCAGCUUGGCAUCGCAGCCGUUAGUCCAGCAGUGAGUGAGUGAGUGAGUUCAUAUUUAACGUCACAUCGGCAAUAUCUCAGCCAUAUCGUGACGAAAACAAAUUAUACAGUAUAAAGAGAACAGGUUUUGAAGAUUAAAACCUGUCGACGAUGGACAGUAAAAAUACUAGAGAAUCACAGAUAUGAAUAAAACUACCGAGCAAAGCUGUCCAGCUGAUGUGUUACUAACAAUGUAACUUUCGAGACUUGUCCCUGUUCACCCAGUAAUGCAUGCUGAAAUCGUUGGUGACCUAUGGGCAUUGGCGGGGAAUUAGUUGGUGACCCAUGGGCAAUGGCACAUUGACAGGGAAUUAGGUGGUGACCUAUGGGCAAUGGCACAUUGACAGGGAAUUAGGUGGUGACCCAUAGCCACGGACACAUUGACAGGGAAUUAGUUGUUGUCGACUGCAAUCGACGGGGUAAUAAUGUGCUUUGGGCAUGGUAUGCAGCACAGUUAAAGUGCAAUACAAAAGCACUAUUACAAAUACUACCACUUCACUCAUGGCGAUUUGAAAUAUUCACUUUCAAACAAACAUCUGUUACGGUUAACCACCGACACAAGCAAAUGAUGAGAAAAUGAGAGUGUGUAAAUGUUUAUGAAACUAAAGUUUCCAGUACAGAAUAUCAUCUUGUCACCGGUUUUAAUCUCAGUAUAUGUGUAUAUUUUAGAUACAUGACAAAAAUCGCUUGCGCCCGACGUGAUGGUAUAAAUCCUGCAUGUGAACUGUGUAGGAAGCAGACGGAUUGAAUGUCCCCUUGGUCCCUAGUAUGGUGGCCUAACUUUGGUUGAUUUUUAUACAGUGUUCAUCAGUUGAUGGUUUAAACGUUUUUCAUGCACACAGACUAGUUUUAAAUAUAUUCCAUAAUCUAGUUGUUACACUGUCCUCCCAUGACAACAUUUUAUGUAUGAGUUAAUGUUUGACUUUCUGUCGUCAGGACAUGGCUGUAAUAUAGCUGAUGUGACGUCAGUUUUUAACUCACUCACUAACUGGCUUAUAGGAACUGAAUGUGUUCAACAGUUGCUUUUUUCAUGCUUUAAUUGACUUUAAAGACAAUAUGACACAAAUGGAAUAAAUGUUUUACAAAGACAUUG